AUGAAGUUGGGCAGCGUGUUCAACCACAAGUUUGUGCUAGGCAGCUGUAACUUUAUCUUUAUGCUCUGCGGCAUUACGUUACUGUCCACGGGAUUCUACUUGUUCACUGACUCUCCCAGAAUCCUACUGUCUCGCUUGCUGAUAUCGGCUACUGAUCAGCAUCGCACACCGCUAUCAGAACUAGAACAACCGCUGUUCUACUACGUGGCCUUUGGGCUAACUACCGCAGGGCUCGUGGCCAUCAUUGCAUCUUUGCUCGGAUGCUGGGCGACAUGUAUGAACACUUACUGUGUGCUAACAAUGUACUUUCUGAUCAUACUUGCUCUCCUGAUCGCGGAGUUCGGUGUUUGUUUGAUGAUCACCGCGUGGCCCCAGUGUCUGGGGUUGAAUCUGAACGAAACGGCAAUGGUCAAAGCGCUGCAGGGAAGCUACGGGGUGCCGGGCCACGAGCAGUUUACCGCCGCGAUGGAUCUGGCCCAAACGAUCUUCGAAUGCUGUUCUAUAAAUACGAGUAUCAACUACGACACCUCUCUUUGGAAGCUUCAAAGUUUGGGCAAAAAAGAGCUUACCGUACCGCUGACCUGCUGCAAGCUGGAGAAUCGUUUCGAGUUUUCGGCUUACCUCGACCCGAUCCCGAUCAAUUCGACCCUCUGUCAAGCUCUGCAAGCACACGAUUAUGAAAAGAGUCGGCAUUUAGAUGGAUGCCUGCAUAAGAUCGAGGUGUGGUACAGGGAGCAGUACUUUCUUUUCCUGUGCGCCGGGCUGAUAGUGGCGGUGGUUGAGUUUUGCGUUCUGCUCAGUAUAAUUCUGAGUUGCACUAAGCUGCCGCGAAAAACUCCUCUGCCGGUCCGAGCGAAUCCUUUGCCUGCCAUUCCGAUCCCGGGAUUGCCAACGAACCGGCGGGUGCUGGACAACAUCUACGAGCACGACCUGCCGACACCGAUCCCGGUGACUACGCUCCGGCAGUCGUACAUUCAACCAAAGGAAUACACCAAACAUCGACAAGAUUUACCUUUUAACAGUAACACCCAUUACUAUCAGAUAUCCAAAAGCUACCUAGUUUAA